AUGAAUUGUGGAGCUUGUAAACAGCAGAAAGAAAAUCUUGUGUGCCAGACUUGUGUUUCAGAAAGGAUCGGGCCACUAAAAGAGCAUUUAUUUAUGCUAAUCCCACAUGUGAGAUUACUUAAUCCCCUAACUCACUCACUAUGCAAGCAGGAAAGCUCUAUUUUUUUCCCCCCUCUCCUUGAGCGAAUAAAGAAUUUUUUUUAUAUAAAUAUUUUUUAUAAAAAAAAUAUUCCAAUAUACAAAGUGAUAGUUAUUAUAAUGAAAUCUGAAGCUAAUCCUGUUAAUUUUAAACAGCUUGCAUUUUAAAACAUAAAUUUUACAAACUAAAUUAAUAUUUUGCUUUCUAAUUUUUUACGAAUUGAGUUUUUUAACUUCAAAAAAAUUUACUAUAAAAUUUAUAUAUAAAUUUUUAAAAAAAAGAAUAAAAAACACUUCCAUGUGUGAACAAAAUUUUUUUGUUCUCUCAUGGGGAGUAGGAUAAUUAGCAUUAUUUUUUUUUGUGAAAAGGAGGAAUUGCUUUUAAAAUACGUACAUAUAAUUUUUUUUAGACAUAUUUGAAAAGAAAAAUCUAAUUUAAUUUAUAAAAUUUAUAUUUAUGAAUGCAAACUGUGAAAAAUUUGAUAGAAUUAGAAACAAACUGUUAUAAAAGUUAUUAAUUACAUAGAAAAAAAUAUAUAUUAAAAAAUUUUUUUGCUCAGCUUAAAAGGGGAGAGUUAGGGAAAGGGCAUCAGAGGUAAUUUUAAAACAAUCGUCAAACCAAAUGGUCAAAGAAAUGCAGAAAAAUACAUUAAAAAGGCUGAAAGAAAAAUUUGAUAGAAGUAAAAGUAAUUAGACAAGGAAAAUCUGGAGAAAAUUAAGGCACAGAUUGAAAUUUUGAAAUGGGAAUUUGAGGAGAAGAGAAGCUUUAUAAGCACUAUUAAUACUGAAGAAAAAAAUAAAGAAAAUUGCGAAAAUCUGAUGCUGGAAACAGAAAAAAAGCGAAAAUUACAUAUAAAAGAAGCAGCCUUGAUUUUUGAAAAUAAUCCUUAUUUUCCUGAUUAUUGCAUAUCAGAAUUGUUUCAGCUAGAAAGGUGCAUAGGGUUCAGCCAGAUUUUUCAAGAUGAAGGUGAAAUGAAAUCAAUUGAUAAAACAAAUUUUAUAAUUUCAUUCAAAAGUAACCUAUAUUCAGCUAUUAUGACUCCAUACAUGACUGACGAGCAUCUUCAUGCGAUCACUCAUUCUAUCAAUUCUAUCUGCUGCUUCAUUUAUAUUUAA